CUCAAGACAAUCAUAUACACAAGAGAGAGUCGAUAAAGAUGGCGACGGAAGAUGUUGUUCUCUUGGACCUCUGGGCUAGCCCGUACUGCAUGAGGGUGAAGAUUGCCUUGGAGGAAAAGGGCAUCAAAUAUGAAGAGAGAGCUGAGGAUCUCUUUGGAGGCAAGAGUGAACUGCUGCUCACAUCCAACCCGGUUUACGCCAAGGUGCCCGUGCUUCUUCACAAGGGAAAACCAUUGUGUGAGUCAAGCAUCAUCGUCGGCUACAUUGAUGAGACCUGGGCUUCCCCACCAUUGCUCCCAUCUUGCCCUUAUGCUCGUGCUCAGGCCAAGUUCUGGGUCGACUACGUUGACAAGAAGCUGUUCGAUGCAGGAGGCAAUAUAUGGAGAACCAAAGGAGAAGCACAAGAGGUGGCUGUAAAAGACUUCAUAGAAAUCUUAAAGCAGCUAGAGAAAGUUCUUGGGGACAAAGAUUUCUUCGGUGGCGAUAGCUUUGGUUUCGUUGACAUCAUAACGAUCGCUAUAACAAGCUGGUUCCUUGCAUUCGAAAAAUUUGGAAACUUCAAGGUUGAAGACCACGCACCAAAGUUGUCAGCUUGGAUUAAAAGGUCCAUGCAGAGAGAGACAGUAGCCAAAGUCAUCCCAGACCCAGAAAAAAUCUAUGAAUUCGUCAUCAACCUCAAAAAAAUGAUGGGGAUGGAAUAGAGAUCGAAAAUCGCUACAUCAUUGAUGAUCCGAUUUACUAGUACAUUGUGUACUUGGAUCUCUUAAUCUACGUUCCGAUAAUUUUAAAAAUAAGGAACAAAUAAUAAUUUUCCUUCUUCUUGAUCAGUUGCUGUAAUGUACGCGAUAGAGUAGAGAAUAGGAAAAUGAGUCUUCUCAAGGGGAUAGUUCUUGAUCAAUGUUCCAGUGUCUUUUCGUACAGCUUGUAUUAAAAAAAUGUUGCAUUGUUUUUCUG